UAUAGAAAUGUCCAUUCCUACCCCAUGUGCGUCCACGGCCGAUGGCAGCAACGACGGCGAACAACCGGAAACCGAUUACAUAAAAAUGUUCGUGGGCCAGAUMCCCAGGGCGAUGAACGAACAGGAUCUGAUGGACAUGUUCGGCGAGUUUGGUCGAGUGUACCAGUUGAACUUGCUCAGGGACAAGUUCUCCGGGGUCAGCAAAG